AUGUCUGCUACUGCAGUUCUUCGAUCAAUCCCUAUUCUGAUGACAUUUCUUAUGUUGUUAGAGCAGUUUGCGCUAUCCCAUUCCCAAGUGGAAAACCAGUUCAUCUUCAAUGGCUUUAAUGGAGCCAACCGGCAUCACAAUGGGAUUGCUGAGAUUCAACCCAAUGGUCUAUUACAGCUAACCAACACUUCAAAGAGACAAAUCGGCCGUGCUUUCUUCCCUUUUCCCCUCAAGUUCAACAACUCCUCAUCUAACAUCUCUGAUUCCCUUUCAUUUUCGGCCAACUUUGUGUUUGCCAUUGUCCCAGAAGAAACCGAUCCUAGUGGUGGCCAUGGUAUUGCGUUCACUAUUGCACCUACCAUGGAGCUGAUAGGGGCUAUUUCAAACCAAUACUUGGGACUUUUUAAUUCUUCAAGCAAUGGCCUUUCUUCAAACCAUGUGUUUGCUAUAGAGCUAGACACAGUUCAAAGCCCUGAAUUUGGAGCCAUCAACGGGGACCAUGUUGGCAUUGACGUGAACAACUUGAGAUCCUUGGAAUCAGCUCCGACAGCAUACUUCGUCGAAGAUGAAGGGCAAAAUAGAAGCUUGGAACUCUUAAAUGGAAAUCCAAUGCAGCUGUGGAUCGUCGAGGAAGUGGACAAGUUGCUGAAUGUAACACUAGCUCCUAUGGGAAGCAAUAAACCGAGCCAACCGCGUUUAUCAACAACCGUUGAUCUUUAUGUUUUAUUGGAUUCUAUGUAUGUUGGUUUCUCUUCAUCAACUGGUGAAGUGGUUAGCAGUCAGUAUAUUCUGGGGUGGAGCUUCAGUAAAAUUGGGAAAGCUCAAAGCCUAGACUACUCAAAGCUUCCUUCACUUCCUCGGAGAAAAUCAAAGGCGAAUGGAGAUUUACAAAUUAUUAUCCCUGUAAUAGUUGUGAUUGCUUUGCUUGUGACAAUCUUUGGUGGCGCAUUUGCAUAUGUUGUAAGAAGGAAAACAUAUGUAGAGAUACGCGAAGACUGGGAAAAAGAAUAUAGCCCUCAAAGAUUUUCUUUCAAGGAUCUCUAUAAAGCAACAGAGGGUUUUAAAGAGAAAGAGCUACUAGGACGUCGGGGUUUCGGAAAGGUUUAUAGAGGAGUGUUACCGUCUUCAAGCGAACAAGUUGCAGUCAAGAGAAUCUCCCAUAAUUCAGAAGAAGGAAUGAAGGAAUUUGUUUCAGAAAUUGUCAGCAUGGGAAGGUUAAGGCAUAGGAACUUGGUGCAGCUCCUCGGCUACUGCCGGCGAAAAGGAGAGCUUCUCUUGGUCUAUGUAUAUAUGCCUAAUGGAAGUCUAGACAAAUUCCUAUUUAACAAUUCAAAGCCAAACCUUAGUUGGGAUCAACGGUUUCAGAUUCUUAAAGGAGUAGCAUCUGCACUGCUUUACCUUCAUGAAGAGUGGGAGCAAGUUGUUCUUCACAGAGAUGUAAAAGCUAGCAAUAUUCUGUUAGACGCUAACUUUAAUGGAAGGUUAGGAGACUUUGGUCUUGCCCGAUUAUGUGAUCAUGGUUCGACUCUAUAAACUACUAGUCUGGUUGGGACUAUAGGAUACAUAGCACCAGAGCUAACUCGAACUGGCAAGGCUACUACCAGCACUGAUGUGUUUGCCUUUGGAAUCUUUAUUCUUGAAUUAGCAAGUGGAAGGAAACCCCUGGAGCCACAACUAGAGCCUGAAGAGACGUUUUUGACUGAUAGGGUUCUUGAAUUAUGGAAAGCAGGAGCUAUUCUCUAUGCAGCCGAUCCUAGACUGGAAGGCGAAUAUGUGGCAGAUGAAAUGGAGUUGGUUUUGAAACUAGGCCUUCUCUGUACAAACCCCAUAGCAGCAAAUGGGCCGAGCACGAGGCAGAUGGUACAAUAUUUGGAUGGAAUUGUUACCUUGCCCGGGAUACCGUUGGAUGGUGUUACUGUUAGAACUGACAUGAUGACAGUUGAGCAUAUAGCAUCUACAGAUUGUGUUGUGUCUUUAGCGACAUCAUAUGAAGAAAAUUCUGUUUCUGCCAAUUCCUGUUCUAGCCCAUGUCUAUCCUAA